GUCGUCCUCGGCUCCGGUCUUUGCAAAGAGCACGAGGAGUUCGCGGCGCACCAAACCGCCCCGCAGGACCCGCUCGCGCCUCAGUCGCAGCCACAGCGGCCCCACAGAGCCCAGCGCGCGCGAAACGAGCCGCGCCGCGCGUUUUAACGCGCGUUCAAAGCCGGGUCCGGUACCUUGCGGAGGGCACCCGCAGCGCCCCCCGAGAGCGCGAGACCGCCGAGACGCCACCGCCGCGCCUCCAGCCGCGAGCCAGACGCGCCCCGGCCCGAAAAAAAAGCCUCUGCGCCUAACGCGGAACGAACCCUAUCGAGACGCACGACGCAUAAACAAAGAUGAGCGACUCCGAGGACGAGCAGUACAUCUAUUCGGAUGAAGAGGACGGGGAUGGCGACGCCUUCAUGGCCGAGAGCCCCUCGGCCAAGAAGGCGCGCGACGAGACGCACCCGGCGCGCGUCGAGGACGGCGCGUACGUCUUGAUGGGCGCCGACGACGUCGCCAAGAUGAUGCUGGCCAAGGUCAAGCAGAUUUCCGAGUUAUUGGACGUCCCUCGAGACUGCGCCGAGGUCCUACUGAGGGAGAAGGGCUGGUCGCCCGAGCGGCUCACGGAGCAGUACUGGGCCGACGGCGAGAAGCUGAGGAAGGCCGCCGGUCUAGAAACGUGGACCUGGCCCGACGGCGAACGUAGUUCAGUGACGCUGCCGCAAGCUAGUGGUACGGUGACGUGCCGCAUCUGCUUCGACGAGGUCCCGGCCGACAAGGCGAGGGCCGCGCCGUGCGGCCACUCCUUCUGCGACGAGUGCUAUGCUGGUUAUUUGGACAAUGCGGUCCAGGAGGGUGCUGGCUGCGUCUUGGCGCCGUGCCCGGAGCAAGAGUGCGCUACCAGUGUACCGCUGAAGCUCUGGGAGCAACUCUUAGACCAGGAGCGCUUCGAACGAUUACGUAGAUUCAGACUCGAGAACUUCGUCACGUCCUCGAAAGACCUCAGGUGGUGCCCCGGCGCGGGCUGCGACAAGAUCGUGCGGAGCGGCGCGGCCUGCACCUCGGUCAAGUGUACCGUGGCCAACGGCGGCUGCGGCGCGGCCUUCUGCGUCCGCUGCGGCGAGGAGGCCCACCAGCCGGCCGGCUGCCCGGCCUUGGCGGAAUGGGCCGAGAAGUGUCAAAAUGAAAGCGAGACGGCGAACUGGAUCCUGGCCAACACGAAGCGGUGCCCGAAGUGCCAGACGCGCAUCGAGAAGAACCAGGGCUGCAACCACAUGUCCUGCUCCCAGUGCAAGUACGAGUUCUGCUGGAUGUGCAUGGGCGACUGGUUUCGCGCGGCGUCCCUUUUCGUUGCUUGCGGCCAUCGCGGCGAUGGCGUCUGCGAGAGUACCGUACGCCGUCGACGCGUCAUUCCACACACAGGGCCGAGCACGGUGCGACGACCGGCGGCUUCUACAAGUGCAACCGCUUCGACCCGAGCAAGGACAACGAGGACGACCAGAGCGACACGGCCAAGGCCAAGCGCGAGUUGGAUCGGUACCUCCACUACUACAAGCGCUACCACGGCCACGACCAGGCCCAGAAGUUCGCCACGAAGCAGCUCGAGGCCACCGAGAAGCGCAUGAUGGAGCUCCAGGAGACGACUUCCGGGAGUUGGAUCGACGUCCAGUUUCUCAAGGCGGCCAACGAGAUGGUCAUCGACUGCCGCCGCGUGCUCAAGUACACGUACGUCUUCGGCUACUACCUCGACCCGAAGAAGAACAAGAUGAAGGAGUUGUUUGAAAAUUUACAAGAACACCUCGAGAAGUUCACGGAGCAGCUCUCGGAGAUGACGGAGCUGCCGGUGGACCAGAUGGACCGCACGGAGAUCGUCAACGUCACGCGCGUGACCGAGUCCUUCCUCGUGAACCUCAUCAAGGGCACGGAGAGCGGCCUCGACGUGCCGGUGGAGCCGCCGCCCGCGCCGGUCGCGGCCGCCAAGUAAGUCCGCUGCCCGUCCGCGAGUAAGUCUAUGUGCCAACUACGCUGUUUGAUUCUUGCCCGCCCGCCC